AAAUGUUUGCUGUCAUUAUACAAAAACCUUAUCGUUCAAGUUAAAAAUAAAAUAAUAAAAUGGAUUCUAUAGACUUGUUAGCUCGUGAGGAUGAGUUCAAGAAACUUAACAAACAACUUGAGAAGAAAACAGAAAGUUUAAUGAAAGAAAUUGAAAAUGCUAUGCAAAAACAAGAUUUCUUCGCGGAAUUCUCACCCAACCUAACAUUAUCACCGGUGCAUACAAUAAAAAAACAUAGUUGUGAAUCCCAUAGGCCAAGACCAGUUUCACCUCCACCGCCCAAAUCUAUACUGAAGAAGAAAAAACUUUUUCAAUCUCCCGCCUUAAACCAAUUGAGCGGGAAACUUGAAAAUGGAACGCAGAACUCUGACACCACAAACAAUGAGGUUGAAGUAAAAAGUUUGAAUGUAUGUAACUGUUGUGCCAAUGACAAGCAAAGAGGUAGUAGGGUUGGUGGGGACGAGGAGUUUUUAUAUGCAUUUGUUUCGGUUAAUGUUAAAGAUAAUGUGUUGCCGCAGUCUUUUUUGAAAGACAGACCUACAGUAGAAAAUGUAUGUAAGUUUUUAUCGUCUAAGGUGAAAUUGAUGCAGGAACAAAUUGAUAGACUACAGGGAAUGCUGGAUAAAAGGGCGUCACAAUGCGACGGCCACCUGCGACAGUUAGCCGAGCUAGAAGGAGAGCGAAUGAGUCUGAUGACCAAAACUAACAAUAUGAAAGCUAUCACUGCUGAUAUGAAAGCCAAGAACAUGCUGUUAGAUGCUAAACUUAAUGAAAAAGAGCGACAAUACAAAGAACAGCGUAACGAGACAGACAGGCUAUCGUGCGAGCUGAAGAGAUGUCAGAUAAAGUGCAACAGCGUGGAAGCGAAGAGCGCGGCCCAGCAGGAGACUAUCGACAACCUGAGGCAGCAGAUUGAUAUACUUAAACGAUCUGAAAAGGAUUUCCGCGAAUCCUCCCGCAGUCUGUCAGCGUCCCACCAGGGCGCCAUCUCUCGGCUGGAGGCGCACAUCAAGCAGCUGAACACGCGCAGCGACCGACAGAUGGCGCUGAUCGACAACUUGAGGAGACAACACGUUCUGCUCACCACUGAGGCCGCGCUGAAGAGCUUGGAGAAGGACUACUGUCAUUAUUUGAAUCAGGAGUUUGAAUAAAUGUUU